UUUUUUUCAAUUAAAUUUGUGCACCCUUUUAUUUCCUCUCACACGCGCGCACUCUCUUCGAGCUAGCAUUGUUUACCUAUUCUCCGUCUCCCGCUCCCCUGUUCUUCUCUCACGUUCAUCAGCGCAGCGAUGUACCUUUUCCAAGUUCUCUUUUCAUGUCCAAACCUGUUUUAAGAUAUCCUUCUUCUUCUGCUUCUUCUCAUCCUCCGCUCUCCCUUGUACCCAAAAAAAAGGGGCACGAAAACUCUUGAACUCACCUCUGUUGAAGUUCUCAGCAUCACAAUCACAGCAGCCAAAGCACGUCUUUGUGCCUCUAUGGGCUUUAAAGCCUUGACCUGCUUAUGCUGAUUUCGGUGUUUCUGAUCUGCUCGUAAACUUUCAAAGCACCUGUCUUUUUGGGUUCUGGUCAAUUUUUGCCAAAUACCAAGUUCUAGUUUAUUAGAGUUCUUCUGUGGGUGGUUCUUUGGGUCCGUCAGAUUAGGGUAAGCGUUGUUCGAGAUUUGUGCUUUUAUUCAGCAGAUUAAACAUUCUGAUUAGUCGCAACCUGCGAGGCUGUUUAAGGGAAUUAAAUCCAUUGAGUUUGAUUUAUUGAGUCUAGUCCCACUUACAUGGGGCAUCCUUAUGCUUUGUACCUGGGGUUAUUUGAUCUGCUUUUUUGUUUUCAAAUUAUGGGCUUUUGAGAAUCCUGGUCCGUUUGACGUUCGUCCGAGUAUUUCUAUGCUAUUUGACUGAUAGAACAUGAGUUUUCCUUGGGCUAAUAAUACUAGGAGUAUAAACAAUUGCAAGAUCGUAGAUUUGUCUGAAGAAUUUCUUGGUUACUGGGUAUUAGUAGCGUAAUCAGUUGGGUUUGAAGUGUUCUCUAUUUCUGUCGAGCGCUUCAGCCAUGUAUUUGAAUUUCAAGUGGGUUUUUGGUGUCCUGUAUUCUUGUUAGCCCCCUUCUGCUGCUUUCGCUCAAAAUGACUGGAACUAGUCACUCUUUUGUGGAGUGGAGAGAAGAGUUUGUGUCGCAGGAGCGUGGCAAUCGUGUGGUUCACUAUUUCCUGAAGGAUUCCUCUGGGGAGUCCAUCCUUGCUGUUGUGGGAACUGAGAGAAGUGUUAGGCACAUGUUCUAUGUUGUUUCCGGGGAGUUCUUGCAGGUAUAUGGGAAGGAAAGUUCCAUUCAUGCUGGUUAUAAGUGGCGAUCGAGAAGAGAGGUUGUAGACUGGCUUACGUCUAUGCUAUCCAAGCAGCAUUUACAUGGAGGGUCCGAAUUACCAAAAUUUGAUCCAAUACAAGCUUUAGGGUCUCCCAACUCCGCAAUGGAUGGAAUGGGUGCUCCACAGACUCAAGCAGCAGAUGAUACAGGCCAAAUUGCCAUUUUCAAGGGACAUCAUCCAGAUAUUGUCUGGUCAGGUGUUGCAUGGAAAUGUGGCAAACAGCUCAAGCAUUACCCAUCAUUUUGCAGAAAUGGGACUACAAUAGCUAUUCAAUCCUUCGUCUUUGUCAUGGCUAAGGGGGAAAGUCACUAUCUUGCUUAUCUGGAAGAUUUGUAUGAAGACAAGAGGGGUCAGAAAAAGGUGAAAGUAAGGUGGUUUCACCAUACUCAGGAAGUCGAGGGCAUAAUUCCCAUACGAAAUCCUCACCCAAAAGAAGUUUUCAUGACUCCAUAUGUACAGGUCAUUAGUGCAGAGUGUGUCGAUGGUCCUGCCACAGUCUUAACUCGUGAACAUUAUGAAAAAUGCACCUCUUCUUUUCCUCAUCCUCAAUGCGCCAGAAUACAUCUGUGUUAUAGGCAGUUCAGAAACAACAGAGUGAAGCCGUUUGACCUCAGCAAAUUGCGUGGCUACUUUGAUCAACAAAUUCUCUCUUGUUUGGUUCCCAAUCCCUUCUCAAGGCCUGAGUCUAUAUGCCUUAGCCUGACUGGAGAAGAAGCUGAACAGUUGAGUUCAGGUGAGAAUGUAAAGGUGGGAGCUAAGAGGACAAGAAGUGGUAGGGCAUUUCGAAGUUUUGCUGCAGAUCAUUCAGGGGCCAGAAAUUCUGUUAGAAUUCACCAGACUAUAACAUAUGAACCUUAUGAGAACUUAGACUAUAGUUUGUCAGGCAGCAGGAGAUUGCUUUCCCUAAAGCACGUUGGGUGUCACCUUUGGUAUACUCCACUAUUUAAGGUUGAUGAAAAAAUAGAGUUGCUCUGCCACGAUAGUGGCAUUCGAGGCUGCUGGUUCAGGUGUACAGUCUUGCAGGUAUCACGAAAACAGAUGAAAGUUCAAUAUGAUGAUGUGCAGGAUGAAGAUGGAUAUGGAAAUCUUGAGGAAUGGAUCCCAACUUUUAAAAUGGCCAUGGCUGAUAAACUUGGCAUGAGCAUGGGUCGCUCUGCAAUUAGGCCAGCCCCUCCUAAUGAGGAACAAGUAGACCUUGCAAUUGAGGUUGGGACUGCAGUUGAUGCAUGGUGGAGUGAUGGCUGGUGGGAAGGAGUUGUGACUGGAUUGGAUGAUUCUGGUGAUAGUACCAUGCAAAUUUACUUUCCCGGUGAGAGCAUACUAUUGAACGUACAGAAAAAGGAUCUAAGAAAAUCCAAAGAUUGGAUGGGAGAUCGGUGGGUUGAUAUACAGGGAAAGCCCGACAUACUCUCAGCCCUAUCUGCAACUAUUGGCUUGGACUCUAAGCUUUCCCCAUCCUCAAACAUUGCCAAGGACAUCAAAUCUGGUGUUUCUAUGUCAUGUGCUGAUAGCAGUACUAGAUUUAAUUUUGUUGUAGACGAAAAGCUCGACUUACCUGCAGUUGCCAGUUCUGAUGGCCUUCCUGAAGACAUGGAAAGGGUCAUUGAUAAUAAUGUGGAUGAUGUCCAAGGUGAUGAAGAUGAUGACAAUGACAAACAUGACAAUGAUGGUGAGAGUGGUGAUGAAACUCAGAAUUUCGAUUCUGGGCAGAAUUGUAAAGCAGAACUCAUGGAACUGGCAGGACAAGAUGCUCAAUAGGAGUUUUAUAUGCCUUAAGUUAUGAUGGCGGUAGUACAUUUGGUUAGUUUUGACUGCUUGGAUCGGUUGUUUGGAUGCUUGUGAAUAGUUAUACGGGUAUAAAAGAAGCUGAUUGCAUUUGGACUUGACUUUUGUAACCUUUGUCGGUGUAUAGGUUUGAGGUUUAGAAUUUAAUGAUGGUUAUUGGAUUCGGAGCGUAUUAGAAUUUAAAUUCCUCUGCUUAGAAGCACUAGAAAGGUGUCCGAUUGAUUCACUUCUUGUAUCGUGUACCCCAAAUUUGUACUCUUAUAUAAAGUCAAAAUCACUUUUUU